ACCAUGGUCCAAAAAAAUCGUUCUUCCUAACUCUUCAACAUCAACACACACAGCCAGAAGAAAACCCGAAGAAAACCAGAAGGGGAGAGUGAUUAGAGUGGAUCUAUUCAGAUGGCAGCAGAAGGAACAGGAAAUUUCUGGGGAGUAUGCAAAGAAUUCGUGGGUGAAAGAUUUAGCUUCCUUGAUAACCACAAGAAGUUUAUUGAUGCUAAAGAGAAUGGAAUCACAUGGUCUGAUUCUGACGUUGAAUCUUUCAUUGCUAUUGAUCCUGUCCACGGACCUGUUGUGGAGAAUGUUAGGAAAGCAGCCAAGGUAGCUGCAAUAGGAAGUGCUGUUGGAGCACUUCAUUUGGGUGGAACUGCCUUUAAAUAUUCGAAGAGUCCUCAUGGUACCGUCUUGGCUUUGAGUUUAGGAGCUGUGGUUGGUUAUACAGUUGGAAAAGAAGCUGCGUCCCAUUAUUAUCAACUCUAUCGAGCCGAUACUAUGGCUUCUCAGGUCAAGUUUCUAGAGUGGGUGAGCACCAAAUCCUAGGGUCGAUCAUGAAUCAAGAUAAAAGUAAGUUGUCACUUAUUGUAAUGCAAAGAGUACAGGACAGUCUACCAAAUAAAUAAAAUAAGUUUAGACAUCUUCCUUCUGUUUGUUUAUAUUGAGCUAGUAGCACUGCAAUUAUUCACGAGACAUCUUUGCGUGGAUAUUUUUAAAUGGACGGCGAGAGAAUAAUUGUGGGAUAAUUCAUAAAGUUACAGUGUAAUUUGUUUUUUGUUUCUGAUAGGCACUGGAAAAUUUGUACUAACCUGAAUUCGUACUGAAUUUGAACAAAUUCAGCACUGGAAGUUUGGAACGGAAGCUUCUUUCCUUUUUUCUUUCCUUGUUUUGGGUGAUGAAAUAAUGUUCAUGAAGUGAAAAUGAAAUAAUGUUCAUGAA